AUGCAAGAUCACUGUCUGGUGCCGAAGAAGGAGGGUCCGUGUCGAGGCUCUUUCCCACGCUGGCAUUAUAACGCCGUCACAGAGAAAUGUGAAGAGUUCAAGUUUGGAGGCUGCAAACCUAACCGUAAUAACUAUCUGGCGCUCAACGAAUGCCAGAACGCCUGCAACAAAAUCUCAGUGUCUAAUAUUGAUUCUCCUCCUCCUCAUCCAUCUAUAAGACUGGGUCCCAUUCACACUGCUGAGCAGUGUGACGAGCCUUGCAGUCCUGAGCAUUUCACAUGUGAUAAUAAAUGUUGCAUCGGGAAAGAUCUGGAGUGUGACUCAGAGCCGCAAUGCAGCGACGGCUCGGAUGAAAAGGAAUGCAACAAAUUGAAUAAGCAGCUUGAUCAUUUGCUGACAAUCCGUCUGGAUGUAUCUAAAGCUAACUGUGUGGACCCGCCGAUAACAGGACCGUGUCGUGCCAGUCACACCAAAUGGUAUUACAAUCCAUACGAGCGUCGCUGUAAUCGCUUCAACUACGGUGGCUGCAGUGGAAAUCUGAACCACUUUGAUACUGAGGUCCAGUGCAUGACAUUCUGCAGCUCAGUCUCUGAGUCUGAUGUGUUUGCCAGAAAAUCUCAGUUUGAGAAGCAAGAAGGCAAGAGCAGCGACACAGCUGCUAUUGCGAUGGCAAUCAUCCUGGCCUUCGCCAUCGCCAUCCUGCUGGUCAUCAUCGCCUGCUGCCUGGUCAAAGGCCGAAAGAAGAGUCGGAAUAAACACCAGCAGGUGGCGGUAAACGGCGGACACGUUCGCGGAUACGAGGAUUCAGAGAAACUCGUCUACAACAGCACAACCAAACCCAUGUGAACCCCAAACCUGUGAAAAGAUCACCCUGUAUAUGCAGUAAUUACCUGAGCUGUUUCCAGUAGACUGUGCAGCAUUUACUCCCAGUUUGGUUUAUAUCACCAGCAUCUUUUCUUAGGAAUGCUGCGAUUGUUUGUUUUAAGUUUUUAUUGCUAUGAAUAUGAUUUACUGAUUUAUAUUUUAGCUUUGUUGGAUUUUGCUCAGGGGUAAAUGUGUUUUAUUUCCUACCAUGUUACCGUAAAACAUUAAAUCACUAUUCUUGAGCCAUCUAGUUUUAUUUUUGGAUUGUUUUUGGUGUGUCAGAAAUGCUGCCUGUCAUCAGUUAAUCUUUAAGCCAUGUAAACUUUACUUUACUACUUAGAAAUUAGUAUUUUAUUAUGUCUAAGACCUAAGAUAUCAGUCUAUGGUUUGUUUUUUUGAUGUGUUUUUUAUCUAUAUGUAUUUUUAGUAUAUUUUUUGGACGUGGAAAUGACAAUCAUGGUGAUAAAUACAUAUUCCAGAAUGCAAAUUUGUACAUAGAUUUUUAAAAACUUUCCCUGAUGUCUAAACUACUAAUCUUAAGUCUCAAUAAAAGUAAUAUGUACAGA